AUGCCUCGUGAAUUCGAAGACACCGUGCAUGAUCCCCUAAAUUAUUGCUGUCAAGAGCCCCAGGGUCGACGUCGCGGUACGAAGACUGGGAAUGGAAGACGAGAGUGGAAAGACGGUUUCGAAAAUUUUAAAAAUCAUCGGGAUUUUAAGCUGCAGAAUUUUCCGUCGCACGAUUGUCCUUUCCAAAAUUUCACAAAAGACAUGAGACUGGCAGCAGCUUCAGACCAACAACUAGAAGCCGAAUUGCAGCCUCGAAAAUUUCGAAAGCACAAAUCCCGAAGUCCCCUGACAUUUCCAAGGAAUCGAAAACAUCCCCUGGACCCGUACAGCCACGAUUUCGAACCACCGGAGCUCCCCCACUGUGCGGAGCGGUGUCCGGGGAAGUCCCUGGAGAAAUCUUCGAAGAAGAAGAAAGAGGAAAUGUCGUAUGACUGCGUGGAGACUAUACCCGAGGAGAACGAGAUCAUGAGACCUGACACGAGACGAAAUAGGAAAGAUAAGGGGAAACUGAGAGCCCAGAGGUGCCUGAAUGAGCUAGAGGACCUUAAGGAUGAGGUCUGCUGCUUCGAGCAGGAGAAACGGUUCACCGAUCAAAGGAAGAGAAACCCAUUGAAUUCGAAGAUGUGUCCGAGGACGCCCCAAGACGACUCUGACCUCGAUAAUGAGGAAGAAGAGGAGAACAAACGUCUAGAGAGGGAUUUGGCGAGGAUAUCAAUCUGCGAGCCUUGGACGCACUCUAAACGAAUCGUGAAAACCCCGGAGACGACUACGAGUGCAACGGAGACUUCGAUCGUCGAGGAGAUGGAGGGAAGGGGUCAGAGGAACGCUCGAGACUGCCCACUGAACGAUAAAAAACGACUUCAGCAGACACGCGACGAUUCGGUUUCGAGUGAAGCCUCGGCCUCCGAGGAUGACGAGGAUCGUGACGACACCCUCAGAGCUUCACCACACAUCGACGAAAACAGCCCCCAUUACAUCGAUUACCUCAGAAACCUGCGAUGGCGAUAUAUAAACCUCAUCCAAACUGAUUUGAAUCGCCUCUACAAGUUCGAACGAUUUCUGGAAUCUGUGACCGACGAAAAUUCGAAAUCGGGAGAUGCCCGUGGUGCUGAGAAGGGACGACCCGUGACUCGAGCUCCUGUGUUGCGUUGA